AUGACUGCGAUUCUACUAGCCCUUCUUCUCACUGGCCCUCCACACAAUCUCAAUGAAAUCCAUUUGCGCCCCGCCAUCGACAUCGCCUUCGAGAAGGUGAACAACGGGGCGGCGCGAGGUCUCUACCUCAACUUCUCGAUGUCUUACGUCUUUCGCGAGACAGGACCGGAUUGUGGACGGCCGGUCAUGGAGGCUCCAGCGGUCGCCGCCGAGCUCUACCGUCGCUACUCGCUGGACGGCAUCCUCGGCUCGCCGUGCAGCUACGAAACUGUGGGAAUCGCCGACCUCGCCGCCUAUUGGAACCUCCCCGUCGUGACUGGCGUCUCGACAUCGGCCGUCCUCGACGACAAAAGCCGAUAUCGAACCCUCACUCGCACGUCUUUCAAAACUGGAGUGCUUGCGAAAGCUGUCGUGGCGUUUUUCGAGGAAUACGAAUGGCGUCAAUUCGCGUUGGUCUGGCAGUAUCCGGGCUACUCGUCCCUCAUUGCAAUCGCCAUGAAAGAAUUGAUGGAGACCCAAGAAAACGUCACCAUGUACGAAUUCGAUCUCAGAGAUUAUGGGUCGAUAAAAGAUGCAUUAGACGCUGCCGCAGCUGUGUCAAGAAGCUCUCUAUUCACAAUGAUUAAUGCCCUUCUUUUUUCUUUGACUGCAGUCAUCAUCCUAUCGGCCCAGGGUGAACUGGUUCGUGAGGCCAUGCUACACGCUUUCGACACCGGACUCGUUGACGGCGAAUACGCCUUCGUCAGCAUCGAGCCGUUCAGCAACACUCUGGUGUUUGGAGAUGAUAACUGGAAACAAAAUGACGGUCGGGAUGAUGACGCGAAGAAGGCCUACGAAUCCCUACUAAUAUUUCGUCUCUUCAAACCGCAAACUGAUGAAUACAGAGCGUUCCAAAGGGAGCUUGAACGACGAGAGAUCCUGGACUACAACUGGACAAGACCUGAUCCGGACCAUAAUAAUUACUUUGCGAGUGCUUUUCAUGAUGCUGUGAUUCUGUACAGCUUGGCGGUGAAUGAGACUCUAGCUGAAGGAGGGAACAUCUCGGAUGGUUAUGUAAUCACUAGGAAGAUGUGGGGUAGAUCAUUCAAAGGUAUAUCUGGUACAGUAACGAUCAACGAAAACGGUGACCGCAGUGGAGACUACUCACUUUGGGAUAUGACCAAUACUGAAGAUGGCACAUUUGAGGUCCUUGCGAACUAUUACGGAGAGACAGGUGUGAUUGAGACGACAGGGGUGAAGCCAGUUUGGCCGGGAGGGGGGAUCGGACCGCCCAGAGAUGCCCCUGAAUGUGGAUUUGAAAACGAGUUAUGCCAAUCUAAUGAGCUCCCUAUUCUUGGUCUGGUUGGCAUCGUAGCUGUGGUGGUGGUCUUGGCAGCGGCGGGCAUUCUCUUCGUUAUUUACAGGAAACAUCGCCUUGAUGCAGAGCUCAUGAGCAUGUCAUGGAAGGUUGCUUGGGAGGAGCUCAUCUUCGAGGAGAUUGGUAAAUCGGUCGCCACGGCAACAUCUGGUUCCAGGGCAUUGUCUUCAAAGAGAUCCAUGAAUGAAGAGAUCCAAGAUGGCGGCCAAAUAUUUGCCACUGUUGCCAGGUACAAAGGUCGCAUGGUCAUGGUGAAGAAAAUAGGCCAAAGCAAAAUUGACUUAAACAGAAGAGUACUCAUGGAACUCAGAAAUAUGAGAAAUCUAGAGCACACGAAUGUUGUACGGUUCGUUGGCGCAUGCGUAGAUCCGCCAGACCAAGCUAUUCUGACCGAGUACUGUCCUCGUGGGAGUCUUCAAGAUAUCUUGGAGAAUGACCAGCUGAAGCUUGACUGGAUGUUUAGACAAUCUUUACUAAUGGAUGCAGUUAGGGGUCUCAACUACAUCCACGACAGCGUCAUCGGAGUCCAUGGUCGCUUGACAUCAUCUAACUGUGUGGUCGAUGGCCGGUUCGUCCUGAAGAUCACCGACUUCGGCAUACCGUCUUUCCGAAACUCCAACAAAUAUGAAGAUAACAAUUACAAGCUGUUGUGGCGAGCACCAGAGCGACUCCGCGACCCUUCCAGUUUACCGUCAAAAGAGGGAGACUUAUACGCACUGGGUAUCAUCAUGCUCGAGAUCGGAACGCGGUGCGGACCGUUCGAUGAGGAAAGAAAAGUUAUGGAUACAGAUGGAAUCCUUGAGACACUGAAGUCGACCAGCAGCCAACCACCGUUUCGUCCAUCCGUACCAGAAGCUGCAUGGAACCCCGUGAUCAAGGACCUGAUGAAACGAUGCUGGGCCGAGAACCCAGGUGACCGACCGACGGCCAGUGCCUUGCAGACUGCGCUCAAGAAGAUCAACAAAGGAACAUCCAGCGGUGGCAAUAUUUUGGACAACCUUCUGAAUCGUAUGGAGCAGUACGCAACCAACCUGGAGUCCUUGGUCGAAGAAAGGACUGCAGCCUUCCUGGAAGAGAAGAAACGAUCGGAGACACUGCUGUAUGAGGUGCUUCCCAGAUCUGUAGCAGAGCAGUUGAAGCAAGGAAAGUCUGUCGACCCCGAGUCUUACGAGAAUGUUACCAUUUUCUUUAGCGAUAUCGUUGGUUUCACCUCCCUGUCCUCUCAGAGUACACCCCUAGAGGUUGUUGCUCUCUUAAAUGAUUUGUACACGUGUUUCGACAGCAUUAUCGCUAAUUUCGACGUAUAUAAGGUCGAGACUAUUGGAGAUGCGUACAUGGUGGUAUCGGGACUACCGAUAAGGAACGGCUUUGCGCAUGCUCGUGAGAUUGCGCAGAUGUCCCUCGCGCUUCUUGGUGCAGUCACAUCGUUCAAGAUCAGGCAUCGCCCCGAUGAGCAGCUCAAACUACGAGCUGGUAUACAUUCAGGUCCUUGUGUAGCUGGUGUAAUAGGUGUUAAGAUGCCAAGGUACUGUUUGUUCGGAGACACUGUCAACACCACUUCUCGAAUGGAAUCUACCGGAGAAGCGCUCAAGAUUCACACAAGUUUGACGUGUAAGACGAUUCUAGACAAGUUUCAAAUCUUCGUGCUCGAGCUUCGAGGACUCGUGGAAAUGAAGGGCAAAGGGCAGCAGACUACAUUUUGGUUGCUUUCUCAAAAGGACAACGACAAGGGAUGACAAACGGCCCCAUAAAUCUUUAUCCCUUGUUAAAAAUGGAUAAGAGAUCAAAAUGAAGAUCAUUAGUGAAUACUUGUAGUUGGCGUCUGAAAUAUUUUCGUUGUUUAUUUCUUAUUUGCUUGUUUUUAUGAUUAAACCGGCCUAUUAGUUCCUCGAUCACCCACAGGUGCAAUACAACCACAAUGUGUUAUAAGUAUACUUCACCUGAUUAAAUCCAUCACUGUGGAUAAAAAAUUAUUUAUUUAUUAUCAAAAAUCGGCCUUCUAUGUCAUUCCGUUACAAAGUGAAUAAACUCAAUGUUUUUAUAAAUUUGAUGAAU